AACUUUCCUAAAAUCACGAAGAAGUGCAGAAAUCAAGUUCAGUAACAACAGAGAAUAUGCUUAGUAGAAAUUUAAAAGAUGAAUCUGUUUCAAACAUGUCGAUAUCAUGACAGAUCAGCCAAAUUGAUUCACAGCCGCUUAAUUCAAUGUCUUCACGUCGACACAGAUCGAUAAGGGUACCUGGUUUUGCUGUGAUGACUGCAUCUAUCAAACAAUUUCACGUUUCUUUCUCAGUAUAUGUUUGAUAGCUUCUACCUAAGGAUUUCCUUCUCGCCACGGACCUAAUUGCUUGCUCAGUUUUCCUGUCAAAUCAACCUGCGUAGGGUUUUCCUUUAUCUUCAUCUUUCUUAGGCGUGUGCUCACAGCACAGUACAUCUAACAAUCACAGCCGUUCUUCAAAUUUGGCCACCUUCUAUAUAUACCAAACCAUCUCUGCUCCUACUUCCCUCAACUCAAAGCAAACACCCAUCUUGGCUAGCUAGCUUUCCGUUCCUCUUCGAGUACUAAUAUCACUACUCCAACUUUUCUGGGUGGCCAGUGCUAUUAAGCUAGAGCUAGCUAGUUCUUCUGAGGUCCCUUCAAUCAGCUAUAUAGAUAGCUAGCAAUGGCCGGCUUAGAUACUUUCAAAGACCAGCAGGGCUACGAAGAAGAAAAGAACCAAACGAUGACAGAAACUUGUACGAUGGAUGGAGCCGUUGAUUGGAAUGGCCGCCCUGCAAUCCGAGGGAGAACUGGUUCUUGGGUUGCUGCAAUUCUCAUAUUAGUGAAUCAAGGAUUGGCAACAUUGGCAUUUUUUGGAGUAGGAGUGAACUUGGUAUUGUUCUUGACAAGGGUACUGGGACAAGACAACGCUGAGGCUGCAAACAAUGUCAGCAAAUGGACCGGAACAGUUUACAUUUUCUCUCUUCUUGGGGCUUUUCUUAGUGAUGCUUACUGGGGGAGAUACAAAACUUGUGCAAUCUUUCAAGUUAUUUUUGUUAUUGGCUUGACAUUAUUGUCACUAACAACCUACCUAUUCCUGCUCAAGCCUAAAGGUUGCGGUGAUGAGCAAUCUCCAUGUGGAGACCAUUCGAAUUUUGAAUUCGGCUUGUUUUACAUCUCCAUAUAUCUCAUUGCACUAGGGAAUGGAGGCUACCAACCUACCAUAGCUACAUUUGGAGCGGAUCAGUUUGAUGAGGAUGACCCCAAAGAAGGUCACUCGAAAAUUGCCUUCUUCAGCUAUUUCUACUUGGCUUUGAAUCUUGGCUCCCUCUUUUCUAACACAGGAUUAGGGUAUUUUGAGGAUAAAGGAAUAUGGACUGUAGGGUUUUGGGCAUCUACAGGCUCUGCUGGCAUGGCAUUGAUUUUGUUUCUUUGCGGAACUCCAAGGUAUAGGCAUUUUAAGCCUCAGGGCAAUCCUCUUUCUAGGUUAUGUCACGUAUUGGUUGCUGCAACAAGAAAAUGGAAGGUCAAGAUCACGUCAGAUGGACAUGACUUGUAUGAGGAACACGGGAAACAAUGCUCUGAAAAUCAGAGUAGGAAAAUACUUCACACUCGAGGAAUCAAGUUCUUGGAUAGGGCAGCAAUCGUCACAUCAGAGAAGUUCAACCAAAUAGACGGAUGUGCUCCAAAUCCAUGGCGGCUUUGCACAGUGACACAAGUAGAAGAAGUUAAAUGCGUACUGAGAUUACUUCCAAUUUGGCUAUGUACAAUACUAUACUCAGUAGUUUUCACUCAAAUGGCCUCCCUCUUUGUAGAACAAGGUGCCGUAAUGAAAACCACCAUCUCCAAGUUCCACAUUCCCCCAGCUGGUAUGUCAAGUUUCGACAUCCUCAGUGUGGCAACUUUUAUCUUCAUUUACCGGCGAGUUCUCAACCCACUCGUUAUCAGGUUACGAAAAAAAGGUCUCACCGAGCUUCAAAGAAUGGGGAUUGGUCUAGUCAUUGCCAUCAUGGCUAUGCUCUCAGCAGGAGUUGUGGAGUGUUUUAGGUUAAAAUAUGCAAGAACAAAUUGCGUCACUACCGAUUGUGAGAGUCGAAGUUCAUUGAGCAUAUUUUGGCAAGUUCCUCAAUAUGUGCUCGUCGGAGCUUCCGAAGUGUUCAUGUACGUGGGUCAGCUAGAAUUCUUCAACAGUCAAGCACCUGAUGGGUUAAAGAGCUUCGGUAGUGCACUUUGCAUGACUUCAAUAUCACUUGGAAACUAUGUGAGUAGUUUGCUGGUUACGAUAGUGAUGAAGUUUUCUAGUAGGGAUAAUAUAUUUGGAUGGAUACCUGGAAACCUUAACAAAGGUCAUCUGGAUAGGUUUUACUUUCUCUUAGCAGCUUUGACUACAGCUGAUCUCAUGGUCUAUAUAGUUUGUGCCAAGUGGUACAAGUAUAUCAAGUUUGAAGCGAAGGGAGGAGAUGAUCACAAUGAAAAUAUUAGGCAAGCUGAACUUGGAGUCUGAUCAGUUUCUGAAAUAUUUGCAGUGUGUGGGCUAAUAAAGCAAAGAUGCAUGGGAUAAGUCGUACAACUUAUUUCGGUAGAAUUUCUUUUUUAUUACGACAUAAGAACUAUUAUUGUACAACAACUCAUGAGUGGAAUUCUAGAUUUUCCACUUUAAAAUGGGAUACGAAAGCCACUAAACUUAGUAUUGGACCACUUAAUUCGGUAGAACAAACAUUGCUCGCUAUCACUACUACAAAAAAGGCCCAGAUCAAAUAGGCACAAAUACUCAUCUGUGCCUUUUAAGCAAUGAAUGGAGACAGAUUGGGCACAGAUGCCAUUGUGAAUUGUACAUAACCUUUAUUCAACCCUAUCUUCUACCUCUCCUGACAUUUACCGAGGUGACCUAGUGUUUCAUCUAGAACGCGCCUCAAGCAUGAGAGGAUGUUGGUUUCGUGCCUUUUUUCUGGGGGGUUUGUUACCCGAUGGUGGCUCUGUGUUCUGCAGAUCGGGUGUGUCUAGUGCGGUGAGGCCAUAGAUCUUGGAAGGCAUUAGAGAAAUUGAAGAACUUAAAAAAGCUUCUCAAAUGCUGCUAAUCCCAAGAACAUAUCAAGGUGCCAUUUUUUUUUUUUAUCCCAUUUUGUAUCUCAAUAAUCAUUUUAAUUUUGGGAAUCCUAUAGCUUUGUCUGGUUGUUAUCCUUUUUAGGGUUGAAUUCAUGUUUUCUUAUUCUUAUUCCGUGAAUGUUCCUUUGCUCUUGCAUUGACUGAAUUAAAGUUUGUCUUUUGGAGGAAUGCAUGUAGUGUGGUUUGGUUUGUUUGGAACCUGAUCAGACUCUGGGUUCAAUUUAGAGUUUAUUAUUAUUAUUAUUUUUUAUUUAUUUAUUUAUUUUUUUAUAAGUGGGCUGUGGCUGCUGAAAUGGGUUCUUUUCCCAUUGAUGAUAGGGUGGUGUUGAUUUCAUAGGUUUGUCUUGAAACCAUAUAUAGCUGAUCAUCAGGUCAUUCAUGUGCUCCUAUUUUUGCCAAAUAUUAACAAGCAUUCUAUUGAUAUCACUUAUACCAUAUACCGCCAAGCAUAAGCAACGACCUCUUAGGUGGGCCCUGCGGCAUGGCUAGUCCCGCCUGCGACAUGCAUUCGGUAGUCCGACACCCGAGCUACCUCGCUAUGGUGGAGGUCCCUUGCUAGGAGACCACCCUCCCAUGCUCUCCAAGAGGCUUCAAGAGAAGUAAAUAUGUGUAUUAUGUCCCACAUCGGAAAUAUAGAAUAGAAUGGGACUUCCUUUAGCUAUAAAGGGAAGUCCUCCCCUUCUUAGAGAAUGAUGGAUCCAUGAUCCCCAAAUUGUAUCACUAUCAAAGGCUACUUGGCCUCACUACUAGUAGAAUCUCUAAGUGGACGUAGCCUUGCCUCAAGGGCAAGGUGAACCACUAUACAUGCUUGUAUCUCUCUCUCUCUCUCCCCAUCAUGAUCCAUGCUUAGUUCCCGUUCCGUAUUCUCACACAGAAACAUUGGCGCUAGAAGGAGGGUCCCUAGGAGUUAGGGUACGAGCCUCCGACCUUGAGCAAGGGUCAUGGACGGGUACCACCAAUUAUGUAUGUGCAAGACACCCCGCAGCUUGAGCAAGAAUCAUGUACGGGUACCACGAGUCAGCGGGUACAUGCGAGACACCCCUCUUCCUCACCCAAGCCUUCGAGCCAGCGGGUACGCAAGCUUCCGGGUAUCUGAGAAGCUUCCGGGUACAUGAGCUUCCAGGUACACGAGUCAGCAGGUACGCAAGCUUCCGGGUAUCUGAAAAGCUUCCGGGUACAUAAGCUUCCGGAUACAUGAGCAAUUGGCACAUCUGCAAUUUUCUCUUCACACCCAACAAUUUAGUCAGAAGACCCCGGACUGCUUCUGUUCCAUGCAAUGCACUUCAGGCUACAGAUGAGUACUUUCGUCUUAUCUUAUUUCAAAUGACUGUGGUCAGCUAAUCCUAUUAUUUCAAAUGCACACAUGUCCAGCAUGAUUGAUUCUAUGACACAUAAUUCAUUCAUGCCAACUAUCUUGCCUAUACACAUGCUAGCACUACUACUGGUGCCAUGUAUCAACGUGCAUGGUCGAAUAUGACUGCUAGCUCAGGACACAUUUAUCCCCCACACUCAAUUAUGUUCCUUCCAUACAUAAAUAACUACACACCGGCCACUACGCAUACAUGGAAAAAAUUUUAGUUCCCAGGUUCUCCUGCAAACCCGUACAGGCAUUACAGGCAAAGCCUCAGUCAAGCUCUUCUCCGGGUUCAACGACAGCUACCGCUAAAAUUUCACUGCCUCCCGGUACAAAAAAAAGAAAGAAAGCAAACUACACCUCAGUGACCCAACCCGGAGCUCGCUUCCGGCACCCGCUGGUUUCCUCCAACUCUCGCCCCUUUCUAAGCAUCACACUCGUCCGGGGUUGAAAGGAGGAGAAAAGGAAAGCUGGGUUUCUGUUCCUUUCGGCAUACCGGUGGUGACCUGGCAUACUGGUAACAGGCGGGUCCUUCCCUCCCCCGGGAACUCUCGGUUGCUUCCUCACCAUCACCGAUACCAACAGAUCACAGUACUAUCACCGAAGCUGGUACCCAACCUCCCGGCACUUUCACCUCCUUCACCAACUCAUUCAAACAUCAGAGACGCUCCGGGAUUCAAAAAUUUUGUUUUUUGUUUUUCUCUCGGCUGCAACCUCCGAUACCGACAGUUCAUGACAUUGGUAGCUCCAACAUCCCACUUGAGUCUCGCUGCUGCCACCAGGACCGUCAUCCUGAUCGCUCCCACUCAUCGAAUUACCUGGGCCGCUCGCACCCUUCCGGGUCAUCAGGAGUUUUCCCUUUCCUACCUUCUUGGUCGAGGCCUCCGGUAUCAUCACAACCAUCACCGGUACUCGUUGGUCAUGUCCGGGUCAAACUUGUCGAUCAAAACUUUCAACUACUCUUGUCCGGGCACUAGCUCAAUCUCUCCAGGCACUGAAGAAAAACCAGCGUUCCCGUUGAUCAUCUGGUUCUCUAACAAGGUUCUACGGCACAGCCCCAACCUGCACCUGUCUUUAUAUGCGAGUUUGGGAUCGGGUACCUGCACAUAUCCUUCCGGGAUCUCCUUGUCUCCUCCGGGACAUCAAAAAAAAAAAACAAAGGGAGAAACUGAUCAGUACACCCAGUACUCUCUCGGGUCUUGCUUCAGGGACGAAUUGAAUUGGCAACCUUCCACAGGUCUUGCCUGAGAUGCAGCACGCUCUGUCUUCCCAGAACAAAGUAAUGAAAGUUGACGCACGUCAACCACUUCCAGCAGAUAAGAAGCUAUGCCUUCCUCCCUUCACAUAUGGAAUACAAGCAUCCCACUCUCAGUCACCGCUGUUCUCCAUGUGAGUCUGAAUCUGGAUUAAAAAUUCUGGCCUUGGAACCGAGGACGGUGCUCAAUAUAGCUAACCACCGAGCUAAGUCUUCAAAACCAAUAGUUUAUCUAUUUCUCUAUUUUGACUCACAGAGUCAAUCAUGCAAUACACAUGCCAACGUUGUGGCCACACACAUAUUACAUAUUCAUGCCUGCUUCCACAUGUUAACAUGCAUGAAGCAUUCAAUGAUAAUUACCUCUUUAUGAUUGCUCAUUCAAUUGAUAUCCAGGCAUGAGAUAUUUCUAUAUGUACACAAACUUGUCGGCAACACAAUACUUAAUUGCUUGUCUCUAAAUCUCUAAUGGUUUAAAGUAUUGCUCCAGCCAAUGUCUAGUGGCUAUCAAACUCUACAUUAUGUUUGUUGAGUUCAUUGCCAUCAAUACUACCACUAUGUCAAAAAAUGCUUCAUACCAUACCCCUCAGACGACAGAAGACGUUUUUUCUGUUGUCUGAUUUUUUUGAACGUCUUCAGACAACAUAUUUAACUAUUUAUGUCGUCUAAAUGGUAUUAAAAUCAACUCCAAUUCAACUUUUUCAAGUUUGUUAUAAUUUAGAAAAUUCAGACAACAGAUUCUGUUGUCUGAGUAAAUGGAAAAGUUUAUCCGGACAAAAUUUUUUUUUGGUUGAACGUACUAAAACUUAAUGUGAACUAUUUGCCAAAAAAAAAAAAAAAAAAAAAACUUAAUGUGAACUAGCAGAUGCCUAUACCCCGAGUUUUCUCAACACUUAGUAAAAAAAACAGAAAUUUUCCUUCUCAACCCUAACCACACGACAGCCGACCUCCUCUUCAUCAUCCUCAUCCUCCGCCUCCGACCAGCACCCGACGGCUCCCAUCCUCCUUCUCCGGCUCUGACCGUUCUCCACCCAAUGUCGGAGCAGCACUUCUCUCAUCCAUUUUGACUUCGACACACCUCUUCUCUCAUCUCUUUUCUCUAAUUCACCGAAUCCGACCAUUCUCCACCCAAAGCCAGAGCUCCGCCUUUCCCUCGUCGAGCCCUAACGUUCAAGACGGGUUCGAUUCAUGUAUUUUGGUUUGGGUUAAUUCGAUUUUGCGUAUUGUAACUGGAUAUUGAUAUUCGAUUGUUUUCAAUGUCUAUGUUCGAUAUCCCUCUGGUUAGAACGGAGGUUAUUAGGUGGAUUGGAGGUGGGUUAAUUCAUAUAAAUAAGCAUAAGUCAUGUCAAUAGCAGUUAUCUCAGAUUGUUUAUGCUUAAAUGAUUUUGGGUUGUCAAUUGCAUAUUGAUACUUGGUCGUACUCAGCACUGUAUGUUGUUCUGAAAUGUGAAGUUCAUUUAUAUAUCUUUUGAAAAUCUUGGAUGCUAAAGAAUUUAAUUUAAUAAAAUGAAAAGAAUCAGAUACUUUCGUUUGUGUUCUGUAUAUCUAGUUAUAGUUUUGUAAUUUCUUUUCCUUUGUUUGGUUCCAAGACAGCAACUUUAGUCCAUUUUUUGUAAGUGAGAAACCUGGGUAGUCUAUGACAUCAAAUAUGUACACAUGGUUGUUUAUUUUCCUAAACCAAUUUGAUUGAGAUCUGUAGUAGCAUGAUCGAUGUUUUUGGACUUCAAAUGGUUGAAGGUCUGUUGUAGAGAUUUUUAAAGUUUCUUUGAAGGGGGAAUGUAAUGUCUGUCUUACUCUUAACAUGGAUCAUACUUAUAUGUGAGCAGAGAAGAUUAUACUAGUUUGAUGAGUUUUUAACUUUUGAUUAGUUGUUAAUCUUGGUUUCUGUUUUGAUCACUGCUGUUCUGCUGCAGAUUUUGAAAAUUAACAAGCACUCUGCUGCACUCCUCAAUGGAAGACAAAGUCAGUUUGGUCGGGUUAUUGGAUCUCAUGUUAAGGACGAAUUGAAGAACUCAAAUUGGUUUUGAACAGCAAACUGAAUAGAAAAGGUUUGGAUUCAAGCUGAAUUGGUUUAGUGCUGAUUGUUUUUUCUGGCUCAAGAGACAGGAUUUCUGGUCAAGGAGAGGAGUGAAGGAGAAAUGGGUUCUGCACUCAGAUGAGUUUUUAGCCUCUCCAAAGUCGGAAACGUUAAAGAUCUUGCAAGAUUAGGUUGUGGUCAAUUGUUAUAAAGUGGGAAAGGAAAUCAAAUCUUGCUUACACACAGAAGGAUAUUGAUGUGGUUCGAGCUGAAUGGGCAAAUCAUGUUAUGAAGUUCUAACUUUGGUUCUGUUUAAGGUAGAUGAGUAGCAUCAUGAACUGCUUUUGUGCAUUUAUAUAUAACUGAUGGAAAGUGUUGAUGAACCUAAAUUAUGCAUGCAGUUGCUUUGCCUAGCUACUCUUUCUUUACCUUAUAGGUUUUUGACUUAGUGCAAUAUUAGGUAAAUGAUCGAGAUCGAUAAGAUGGUUUUUUGGUUCUCUUGAUCAUUAUGUAACUAUUGGCUAGGUUUAGAGUUGGAACUAUGGAUUGUAUUUUGGAUGAUGUUGAUGCAAUGAAACGUAGCCAUCAUUUUCAAUGCA